AUGCCGUCGACAUCCUCGAGAUCCCGCGCCAGGAAUCUCACACGUGCUUACACUGCAUCGGCUACCCCCAGCCCAGGGUACGUUUCUCUGAAUAUCCCCGUCCAAUACUCCAAACUGUGUUUUCGCCGGAUGGACUUCCCUGUUCCUUGUUGUCCUGUCGCGGAAGACUUGAACCGGCAACAUUUGCAACGGCUGAUAAGACUCAUCCUCGUAGACCGCGCCGCCGUCAACUGCUACUACCGUGGGGGCGCGCCGGAAAUCGACACGCGUGACCCUAACUUUAUCUGCGACGGCGAAUUUUUCGAAGACGACGACGAUGAUUCUGAGGAAUGA